UGGCAGCUUUCAUACCAAACACCUUAAGGAAAAAAUUAACCUUUGACGACAUUUUCUAGUCAACACGCUAAUGCUUGUACAUAGAUUUUUUUACAGAUAGCAUUUUGAGUUCCUGUUGUUGGAUCUGGUCUGAAUCAAAGACCCAUUUGAAGAUUUCACAUAGAGAGCCAUUGGUUUUGCAUUAACAUUUCAAAUUUUCGGGGCCUCUUCUGUAGAGAAGAAAGAAGGAAGCUUUGGUUUGAAUGGUACUGUUUAAGCUCCUUUUGAGCUUUUCUUGAUUAAUUUCUUGGUGAGCCUCAAUUAAGUGCGAUUUUGAUGCUAUAUUUUUUGCGGUUUUGGGGAGUAACAAGCUGUGAGUUUUGUUUUGUUCUUUGAGUUUGAUUCCAAAUUUCAGAUUUUGCUCGGAAAUUCUUGGUGGGUAUCUGAGAAUUGGGAUUUACAUCUUGGUGAUCGGGAUAUUAUAGGGGGUUUCUUGGAAAAAUCUAAUUGGGUCGGUGGCAUAUGGUGAAAAAUUGAAGCUUUUGAAUGGUUUUGGAUAUGAAGCUCUUUUAGGGUUUUGCUUGUAAGAGGUUUAGGCAUUGAUGAAAUGAGAAAGAUAGUAUGCGUUUGUUUGGGAUGACAAUUCAACAACGUAUGGGUUUCAUAAAGACAAGUUCUUUCAUUGUUUUGGUAAUUUUGCUUUGCACCUUGGCAGCAGUAAGUUCAGAAGAGAGGAACAAUGAUGAGGAAGUGUUUCUCAGGCAAUUAGUUGAGCCGGCGUCUUGGGAGAUAGAUGAAGACCUGGCGGAGCUAUUAUGGAUCAGUUGCAGGCAAGAUUUGAUCCAUUUGAAAGAAGCUGUUGAGGAUCUUGACUUAUGCUUUCUGGUGGAAACAUCCAGUAGUGCCAAUGAAGUCAAUUCAAAUUUCCGGUCAUUAGCGAAGGAAAACAUUCAGAAAAUAAUUAGUGUCCUGCAUCCCCAGUUUAAAAGAACUCUUUUAGAUUGUUUAAGAAAGAAUAAUAUUCUGUCUCAUAUAUCUGGAGAAGAAGGUGGCUCCAAGAUUUGGUAUGCCAAGUAUCUUGACUCCCUAUAUCCCAGGCCUGGUUCUCCUAGAAGGCGUUUGGGUUCUGAAUCCCCUCGGAGCAUUGCAGCAACACCAUCCCCAGCCCCUGCAGUUGGAUCAUUAGCUUUCAGUCCAACACCAUCUCCUGAUCCAGCACCAUCUCCUGCCACAGUACCUUCCAGUCCUCCAGAGUCUAAUCCUCAGCACCCUGCUGUGUCUCCACUAGAGCCCUCUUUUGUGCCAGUUCAACCUGCAGCUAAUCAAGAUUCUUCUGCAAGUCCAGAUUCUAAUCCAAUUGUUCAGGAAAAUAAGAAAAGCAAUAGCCAUAAAUCUGUUGUUAUUGCUGUUGCAGUAACUGCAUCAGUGACAUUUGUAGUUGCAGCACUGCUCUUUAUAUGCUUCAGUAAGGUUUGUAGGAAGGGCUCUGGACUUAGACGAAAUGAUGAGAGGCCUCUUCUCGGCAUAAGCUUCAGCGAAUUCUCUGUUGGUUCUUCACAAAAGCCUGUUGCUUCUGGAAAUUCAAUAAAAGACCAGAAGCUUGGGUACUACUCAUUUGGUAAUAACUCAAGUCAUCACAAAAGGGGCUCAUCUUUGGAUGGAAAUUUCCAUAUUGAGUCUGAUAUUCCACGCAAAUCAUUGCAUGAAACAUCAUCAAUAGGAGCUGCUGGUGGUGUUUCCAAAUUCUCACCUGAAUCAGUUGAUCCAUCAAGCAAUGUGAAUGGGCAUGUACUGCCUUUUCCUCUAAAGCCUCCACCUGGAAGGGUGGGGACCACUGCUUCUGUACUGCUUCCUCUGAAGCCUCCUCCUGGUAGGGCAGAUCCUCUUCCUCCUGAACCACCUUCUUCCUUUAGGCCUCCUCCCAGCAACGCUGGUCCUCCUCUACCUCCUGUGCCACUUUCCUCCCUGAAACCUUCAUCUAGUGGUGCAGGCCCUCACCCUCCUGGACCACCACCACCACCACCACCACCUCCCUCCCUGAAACCUUCAUCUAGUGGUGCAGGCCCUCGCCCUCCUGGACCACCACCACCACCUGUACCUCCAGGCACCAAAACCGGUUCUCACCCACCACCACCUCCAAAGAGUGGUGUUCCUCCCCCUCGGCCGCCUCCACCUACUGCCUUAGGCUCAAAGGUGCCUCGGCCACCUUUGGGAUCGAAACAUUCAUCAAAUGCUACAUCUAGUGAGGAAGCUGGUUUGGAGGGUGAAGCUGAUGCUCCUAAAGCAAAGCUGAAGCCAUUUUUUUGGGAUAAGGUUCUAGCCAGCCCUGAUCAAUCAAUGGUUUGGCAUCAGAUUAAAUCAGGAUCAUUCCAGUUCAAUGAGGAGAUGAUAGAAACGCUGUUUGGUUAUAAUGCUGUUGAUAAGAAUAAAAAGGAACGCAAGAAGGAGUCUUCUUCACAAGAUCCUUCACUGCAGUAUAUUCAGAUCAUUGAUUCAAAAAAAUCACAAAAUGUAGCAAUCCUUCUUCGGGCAUUGAACGUGACAACAGAAGAAGUUUGUGAUGCAAUAAAUGAAGGAAAUGAACUUCCACCAGAACUUCUUCAAACUUUGUUGAAGAUGGAACCAACUGCAGAAGAAGAACUGAAGCUUAGGCUGUUCAAUGGUGAAAUUGCUCAACUUGGACCUGCUGAGCGGUUCCUAAAAGCAUUGGUCAAUAUCCCAUUUGCUUUUAAACGAUUGGAAGCAUUACUUUUCAUGUGUACCCUUCCGGAGGAUGCUACCAUCAUGAAAGAGUCCUUUGCAACCUUAGAGGUUGCUUGCAAGGAACUCAGAAACAGCCGGCUGUUCCUCAAACUUCUAGAAGCCGUUCUUAAAACUGGAAAUCGCAUGAAUGAUGGAACAUUUCGUGGUGGUGCACAAGCGUUCAAACUUGACACACUUUUGAAGUUGUCAGAUGUAAAGGGAAAAGAUGGCAAGACCACCCUCUUGAAUUUUGUUGUUCAAGAGAUAAUCCGCUCUGAAGGUGUGAGAGCUGCCCGUGCAGCUAAAGAAAGCCAGAGCUCCUCCAGCAUCAAAUCAGAUGAUCUGCUCGAGGAAACUUCCCAUGACACAGAAGAGCACUACCGCGGCCUAGGUCUUCAGGUGGUUUCCGGUUUGGGCAAUGAACUUGAGAAUAUCAAGAAAGCAGCGAAUAUUGAUGCUGACAGCUUAACAGGUACUGUUGCAAAACUUGGCCAUCAAGUGAAGAAAACCCGUGACUUCCUGAACUCAGACAUGAAUAGUAUAGGGGAAGUUAGUGGAUUCCACCGAACACUGAAAAGUUUUGUGGAGAAUGCUGAGAUUGAUGUCACGUAUCUCCUGGAGGAAGAAAAGAAAAUCAUGGCUUUGGUGAAGAGCACUGCUGAUUACUUUCAUGGGAAAGCAGGGAAGGACGAGGGCUUACGCUUGUUUGUCAUAGUAAGGGAUUUCUUGAUAAUGUUGGAUAAGGCAUGUAAACAGGUGAGAGACACACCAAAGAGGCCAGCAAAGACACAGAUUAAAGAGGCUCCUACAGUGGUGGCUUCAUCUGAUACCCGCCAGCCACCUGAUCUCUAUCAGCGGCUUUUUCCAGCAAUUACAGAUCGACGGAUAGAUAGUUCUAGUUCAGAUGAUGAUUGAUGAGAGUCCAUAGAUAUCUUUUUUUUGAUAGAAGAGGUGGCUCUUAUGGCAAUCCUACAGAUAUGUCCUCUUGAUCCUAUUAUUGGUGCAUGUAGGGCUGAUAAAAACAUCAUAGAAAGGAUCAGAGGAGAGGUGCUCGCGCAUGACAUCUGCAAUCUGCAAGGAGAAGUUUCACUGAAACAGACGCCUGACUGAAUAUAACAUCACAGUGGUACAUUUACCUUCAUCUCAUUAGAGGAUCCAUCGGGAAUGGAUUCAUGGCUCACCAUAGUUUUGCCUUAAAGCAGCCUCCCCCCUGUGCAUUUGUAGUUAGAUUAAAUGAUUUCUUAUACAUUAUUUGUUUAAUUUGUAAUUCUUUGUUUUGUAGAAAAUUUUCGUGAUUUCUUACACAUUAUUGUUUUUUAAUUAUUUAAAAUUUUGAGUUCGUUCA